AUGAUGAGCGAAUCGAUGGCUGAGAUGCGAAGGCUGGAGUCGUGGCCCAACAACAAGCCGGCCAUCUCCCCAUCGGCCUUCGCGUGGGUGAAGAUCGGCCUGGGCCGCAUGCCGCUGGUGGGCCUAGGCGUGGGGCUCACCCUGCUCGAGCUCGUGCUCAUCGGCCUCUUCCUGGGCAUCCACGCCGGCUUCAUCUUCUACUCCUACCGACGCUCCAACACUGAACACUUCGCCAAAAGUCUCGGCGAGGUCGUCCACUGGGAUCUGGCGCUGUCGCUGCUGUUUGUGACGCGCAACUCGAUCUGGCAGGUGUUGUUCUCGUGCAGCUUCGAGCGCGCGAUCGCCUACCACCGCUGGAUAUCCAACACUGCGAUUGCGAUGGUGAUUGCGCACGGCACCGUGUUCCACGUGACCUGGCUCAAGGAGGGCCGCCAGAAGUGGAUCGACGAGGCGCUGAAGAAGACCGACAAUCUGUUCGGCGAGGUAGCGGUGGCGUGCUACCUCGUCAUCAUCGCCAUGUCCCUGCCCUUCGUGCGGCGGCGACUCUUCGAGCUGUUUCGCUGGGCGCACAUCAUCUUCGUGCCCUCGUUCAUCGUCUUCAUUCUGCUCCACCACGGCGGCGGAGGGUUUCUGAUGAAGGCCUCGGUCAGUCUCUUCUUCUACGGCGUGGACCUGCUCUACCGGUUGUAUUCUAUUCUCAUUUCGCCCAAGUCCCGAGCGGCCGUCGUCUCAGCCCAGAAAGUGUGCAGCGACAUCGUCAAAUUGACGAUCAAGGUCGACGGUCGGUUCGCCUAUUCUGCGGGCCAGUACGUGUUCCUCACGUUACCGGCUGUGGCCCCGCUCCAGGCGCACCCAUUCACCAUCUCCUCGGCGCCGCCCGCUCCAGGCGGUGGCCACGACGGCGAGUUCACCGUGCACGUCAAAUCAGCCGGUAACUACACCCACCAGCUGCUGCGUGCGGUGGAGAUGCGACCAGGGACGAUCGCCUCGGGAAGAGUCGAAGGCCCCUACGGCGCACUCUCCGUCGACCCGUUCGCCUACCGAAGGGUGGUGCUGGUGGCGGGCGGGAUUGGUGUCACGCCGAUGCUGGCCAUCAUGAGGCACAUGCACGACCGUGGCGCGCCGCUGGCCGACAAGGUCAGCCUGCACUGGUCGGUGCCUCAGCUCGCCCUCUAUCUCGCCUUCAGCAACGACAUGAAACUGGAUUCUGCCGGCGUGUUCGAGUCGCACGUGUACGUGACCCGCGCCGAUCUGGGCGAUGAGGCCACCGCCCAAGUGGCGGGCACUGUGGACCUGCACGUGGGCCAGGGCCGGCCAGACCUGGCGGGCAUCAUCGCCGACGAGGUGCGGCAGGCCUGGCCCGACCGCGUCGCGGUGCUGGUAACCGGCGUGUGCGGCCGCCACCCGGGCUCGGUGGACCUCCACGCCGAGACUUUUGCGCUGUGA